AAACAAUGGAUUGAAGCCGAUGGAAGUGCACCAAAGAAGGCAAAGAUGGUUCCAUCAGCAGGAAAGGUUAUGACAACAAUUUUUUAGGAUUACAAAGGUGUUUUGUUGAUCGAUUAUCUUCAGAAAGGUAAAACAAUUAACUCUGAAUAUUAUUGUAACUUUUUGGAUCUAUUGGAUGCAAAAAUUUGUGAGAAAAGACUUGCUUUAAAGAAGAAAAGAAUCGUUUUCCAUCAAGACAAUGCACGUGUUCACACAAGAGUUUUGAUAAUGGCAAAAUUCAACGAAUUAAAGUACGAAUUGCUUGAACAUCCAGCAUAUUCACCAGAUUUGGCUCCCUCUGACUAUUAUCUAUUUCCAAACCUGAAAAAAUUCCUGGCUGGAAAGCGUUUUACAUCAAAUGACGAAGCUAUUGCAGCCGUAGAUGGAUAUUUUGCACACCUUCCGGAAUCACAUUUUAAUAAUGAUUUAAAUGGUGAGAGCCCCACCACGGAUAACACCAUCGCCACGACCACCACCAUCGUCAUGUACAAUCUGAAUGUGAACGUGAAUCCCAGCCCGACGGCUGGGGCUGCCGCAGGUCUUCUCGGUGUCGCGGCGGCCGAGGUUACGCCAAGGACACCGGAAAUCGUAAACUCCCUAAUCGCCAUGACCAAUCCCUUCGAGGGCUAUAACAGCAAUGAGAAGAGCAGGGAUCGCACGGACUCAACCAGCAGCGGCGAACCUAGUCCACCGAGUGUUCAGCACACCUGUAGCCAGCUUAUAAAAGAAGGGCUGAAGCUGACAUUGCAGACGAAAAGGCGGGCCAACGGCAGUGGUGAUGAAGGCAGGAAGAAGCUGAAAAAAGAGGACGGCAGCGCUGACGACGAAGAGGAGGAGGAGACAAGCAAUAACAACAAGGGUGGGAUACAUGGAUGGCGCUUUUUGCAGCUGACGCCGGAGGAUGAGGAACGGCGUCGUCGACGGCGCGAGCGCAAUAAAAUUGCAGCAACCAAGUGCCGGCUGAAGAAGCGUGAGAAGACAGUGAUUCUCGUGCAGGAAUCCGAGAUCCUGGAGACGCAAAAUCACGACCUCAAGUCACAGAUUCAGGAGCUGGAGACGCAGAGGCGUAGGUUGGUUGACAUGCUAAGUCUGCAUACUCCGACGUGUCUGAAGCAGGGCGCCGACAGCGCGACUUCCUAUCAGCAGUUCGCCGAGCCGAUCCAGCUGCCGAGCUACCAGGACAAUUUCGUUCAGCAGGCGGCACCGCCGCCGCCGCCGCCACCGCCUGCCCUCAACCAGCCGCAGAACUGCGUCACCGAAUACCAUCCGGUCAAAGUUGAAGAGUACGAGGCCGAUUUCUAUCGGCAGGGUAGUCCAUAUGUGCCGACGACGUCGGAUGCCGGUUGCACGGUCUAGCAUUGCCGUUGUCAUUCCGCGUCGUCAUUAAGGGAGAGAGAAUCUAGUCGAGAAGCUCGGACUUGUGUGCACACGAUGUCUCGUAACUCGCAAACAUGAUUUUUAUUUUAAUAUUUGUAUGUUUUUUUUAGCGAUCCGGAGUCGCUUCACUCUUGACAAACGUUAUCGUUCAUCAUCACUUCUUGAUUUUCCGAUUUUCAUAAUUGACGUUAACUUUAGAGUAUUAACACUUAAACUGUUUGAUGGAAGAGAGCAGAUUUCCUACUUGGAUGUAAAUAACGUCCCGGAUAAUCAAACCUGUAGAAACUGAUUUUGCGCAGUAUUUAUUUAAAAUUUUCAGCAGCUUGUUACCAGAGUGUAAUAUGAUUUAUGAUAGAGUACGAUGGCGGAAACCGUACGGAAUUUGUCAACCAUUUGAACGCGUUAAAACGAAGCAUACCGCAGAUCUCGCUAAAGGAUCCCGCACUCAAUAUAUGGAGUUUGGUUCCCGGCCAAUUUUUCUGGAACUGAUAUAUGUUGUACUAUAUAACCGCCCGAGCAAAAGUCUUUAUGGAACUUAUGGAAGGUCUGAAAAUUAAUAAUUAUUGAGAUACAGAGGUGGAAAGUUUCGUUUUAGCCCUCAUCAUUAUCAAAAAUCUGGCGGUAAAUGGGAUAUGUUUAUGUAUGUGUGUGUGUGUGUAUGCGCGCGUGCGUGUGUGCGUGCGUGCGUACGUGCGUGUGUGCAUGUGUGCGUUUCUUGCAGCCAUGUUUCAAGAAGUAGUGAAAAGUCGUGAAAACGACUCGUUUUGGAGAAUAUUCGACAACAAUUCGUCACGAACAAUAGUCGUGAAAAGCUGUUCGCUAUGAAGUAUCAAUUGAGGAGUAGUCUUAAAAACGGUUUUUUUAAAAAACGCCGAAUUAGUCGUAAAAACGAUAGUUUCAAAAGAUUACUCAGACAAUAUUAUCGGCAAGCAGUAAUAUUAUUAAAAUGGGGAAAGGAAAAUAAACAAUAAAUAAUUAGAACACACACACGUACACACACACACACGCACACGCGCACACGCACACACACACACACACACACAUAAACAUAUCCCAUUUAUCGCCAGAUUUCUGACAAUAAUGAGGGCUAAAACAAAACUUUCUACCUUUGUAUCUCGAUAAUUAUUUUCGGACUUAGGUUCCAUAGAGACUUUUGCUCGGGUGGUUAUAUAGUACAACAUAUAUGAGUUUCAGAAAAAUUGGCUGGAAACCAAAAUCCAUAUGUUAGGUGCAAGGUCCUUUGUACUCUAAAUUUGUUGUCAAAUAAUGUUAGCAGGAUCUAUCGGAUACGAGCUUAAUGCAGGUAUAGAUUAGAUCUAUGGAUCUGCUGUGGCAUUCUAAUCGAAUCUGCUGCCCAUUUAUUCGCAUAUUGCCAAUAUGCUGCUCAUUGUCGUAUUCAAGUUGAAAAGGAUUGCAGGAAAUAGGGGUGAAAUUUCUUAGAAAAAGAUUCUCAUGUAAUAUUGCAAUGUCAAAUGGAAAAAUAAUAAAUAGACGAGAAGACUAAAUAAGAAAGAAAUAUAUUUAUAUCUACAUAAAUGAUAAAAAACGAAAGAAAGAGCAAUAGAAGAGAAAGAGCAGAUAUCUGUGUAUAUAUCUUGUUCCUUCUUGGAUUCAUUAAAUUGAUUACUUUUAAGUGCCAUUAACGCAAUUUUAAACCAACUCACCUUAGGUUAGAUUUAUUAAUCGAUACACAUGCACAUAUACAUGGAUUUUGUUUUAUUGUCUUUCUACCUCUGAUUGACUUCUAUUUUGUCUUAUAAUUUUUCGCUCAAUUGUACUUCCCUCUUUUUUCAAGAGAAAGAAAGAUUACAUAAUUACAUGCCCAUAUAGUAUAGAAGUUGCAACAAUAUUGCUGCAACGUUGCAGCAAUGUUGUUGCAACUUUUAUACUGUAUUGUGUAUGAGAUGAGUAUUCUAUUUGAGUAACAUACUCAAUGCAGUACGAUUAAUGAUAGCAAACAUAAAAUUAUUACAUACAUUCCACGUACAAGAUGAUGAGAGAAUUUAAGUUUGUCGAAACUCGCAACUAUAUUCAGCGGUUAUGUUCUUCUUUUUGUUUUGUGUGUGUGUGUUCAUCUGAGCUUCUCUUUAGUCUCUUCUUCCCCGUAUAAGUCCGUAGUUUAUGAGUAAGCUCGUAAAUUGAUACUACCGUAUUGCAUAAACGCGAAUAAUGACUUAUAUAUUUUCUUUUAUCUUCCUUCAUCGAUUUUCAUGUCUCCUUUUCCUCCUUUUUCGUAUUUUCUUUUUCUUUUCUUUUCUAACGAGCUAAUUAUAUUCGAGAUAAACGUUCGAUGUAGGACGCUUUGAACACAUUCCUUCGUAAUAAUCGUACUGUGACAUUCUUAAGGCCUUAUUAAUGUAAUCGAAGUAAUGUAA